GAUGCAUCCACAGCGGGCGUGGAGGACACCGCCAACUCCACGCCACCAGAGCGGUCGCCGCCUGAACGGCUGCCGCCGGCAGGUCCCGAUGCUUUCAAGGAGCAUACCCGUCUGGGUGCACCAAGCAUCACGUCUGGGGCUGGCAGCGCCGAGGUAGAACACGACGGACCCGUGGGUCAGCAGGGACGCGGUCCGGAGGAAAGACCCGUCAGGGCAAAGGCGUCCCCAGAGAACGCCGAAUACCUGCUGCGUCGGCGGAAAAUCAAGGAACUCAAGGAAGGGCGGGAGGCUUGCGGGUUCAUACGGCGCUUGCGUUAUCCUGGACACUGCUCUACUGGACAACCUCGGUGCCCUGCCAUUGGAAGACCUGCAGCAAAUCGCAAAGGAAAUCACUAGCUCGGAACUCACCACGAACUUCCCCACAGUGCGCAGCGCUCUGGGGGGGUCGUUCCGUGAGGUUUCGCACGGCUACGUCAAGCAGCAUACGGACGACGACGAGGUGCUGCAGUGUGGGGUACACGCGGUCCUGCUGCGCACCCUGGAGGUCUUCUGGCGCAAGUACAUGGUGGAGGAGCGCCUACUCAUGCCCAGCGACCGGCGGCGGAGAUGGACGCCCAUGGAGGCAGAGAUGAUGAUGCGGCAGGUGGACCGGCUCAGCCCGCUGCUGGGCUCCGUGUGCUGCGACGCACGGCCUGGCGGGGCGCCCCGCUGUCGCAGAUAGUUGCGGAAAUCGAGUACCAUAGACAGGGUUUUGCUGCUGCCAGCCGCAUCAAGGCUGCUGCCGCCCCCGCCCAGGCCGCCCCUGAGGAGUACCCUGACACCCCCGUCCUGCAGCCGCAGCAGCGCCAGCAGCAACGCAGCUCCUUCAGCAGCAGCAGCAGCAGCACUGCUGAUGAUGAUGAUGAUGACGGAUACGACGACGUGGAGGAGGUCACGGAUGAGCACGUGGUGUCAGACGAGGGCCUGUGGGCCAAGUGGAAGGUGUUGGUCGAGACCGCAAGCAGGAAGGACCUGUACGACUUCCUCGCCUGGUGCCGCGCCCAGCACGGCGAGGAGGUCUUCAAGCUGUGCAGCCUUAGCCCCAACUUGGAGGCGAAGCUUGGGGAGGGCGCUUCGGGGCUGGAAGCGAUGUGUAAAAAGGAUUUGCGCCGGCUGGCCAGCGCCGUAAUGCAUGCCUCGUAUGCGCGCAGGACCCUGCGCAGUGACUUCGAGGGAGCAAGCCCGCACAUGUUCAAGAACAAGUAGAGCUGCAUGCGAAGGAGGGUGCGUGGUUGCUUGUGCGGGUAGUUCGCAGCGCAGCCUGAUGGGGCGACAGCUUUAUCCCGUUGGUAUGGCUGCUAGGAAAUGUAGAUUUAUGGGUAACAUGAGAGCUCCUGGUCGGGGUGCGGGAUGUAGGGUUUGGGCCGGGGGCUAUGAGGGGAAGGGUGUGGCUGGAAUAUGGGUUGCGUAUAGUAUUCUCGGGUUAUGGCGGGGGCAUGGGUGUUUGGUUUGGAACGUCGUGUUGAGGGGUUUGGCUACAUGCAUUUGAGUGCCUUACCUCUGAGUGCCCUAUUCUUCGCCGGUUACGACAAGACCUCGUUGGCAUUUUACCUGUUUGUGUACGGCGAUCACCGAUCAGGCAUGCGUACGAACGAAUUGCACAGCCAUCCGCUCCUUCUGAGAGAACCGACCAAUAUAGGUUCAGUAGCGAAGCGCUGUGUUUCGUGCAGUUGAAGUGACAGCCCAUUACACAACGCUGGUGUGACAGUGGGUUAGGAUACGUAGCGCGGAAGAUCACGAGCUGUAAGUUGCUGUCUUGGUGCGUGGCAGGAAACAUAUGCCGUCUGCCCCGUGCCUUGGCUCUAGUGCUGUUUACUAAUAAUCGUCACGUUGUGGUGUCGUUGGGACUUACCUUAGUAAUACGGCAUACGGCAUACGGCAAGGAGGGCUUUUGUCUACAGCCAGGAGGGAUGUUUACGUACGACAGGGAGGGAUUUUGUGUACGGCAAGGAGGGGAGUUUGCUUGGGCUUGGGAAACUGGACGACAUUAAUGUAUGUGUGCAUGGGGCGUGGCCGGGGAUUGGGGUUGGUUCGCUGCACGGCUGUCGGGUCGGGAGGGUGUAGCUGUUUGAGGUGCGUGGUCCCGCGCGGCGCACGGCUGCCGGGGGCCUGCUUACCUCCCGCAUGCGUGGUGCUGAAUGCAAGAUGUACGAACAAUAGCGUAGGGUACCAUACCCUAAUAGUGUAGCCCGUUUGAGGACGAGGCGACUGCGCUUCUGUCUUUUCCCUGCCAGCAUGGGCUUUACACAGCGGGG